AGGAUUUUUGCAUCGCAUCACGCUGGAGGCUCGAGUUGGAUAUGUUUUUUUUGGUAUAAAGAGAAUACCGACCACCCGAAUUUCAUGGCAUCAGAGUUCUCACUUCUUUCUCCGAUUCAUCACCACUACUUCAACUCUUCUUCUCAGGCCACCACAGUCCCUCGUAAUGAAGUCCGCCGCCCUUUUCACUACCCUAGCCUUCGCCGCUACUGCUGUCGCUGCAGCUAGUCCCGCUGCAGCUCCAGUCCAAGAGCCAGAGGCUGCGAUUGUCCACUCUGACUUUUCAUUCACCGCCUGGGUUGACAGUGUCAUCGCUGAUCCCGAAAAUGCCCUGAGCCCCGAGGAAGCCGUUGCAGCUUUCAAUGCUGGCUUAUCUACGCUUGAGAAACGCCAGACAUUUGGAAACUGCCAGCAACUCGGUGACCGCCCUGCUCAGGUCCCCGACGCAGUAUGGUGCAUCAACGACCUCGCGGCCCGCGGCCGCGCAGGCCAAAACUGCGACGUGAAUAGCUCCAGCCGCGCACAGUGCACACACAACGUGGCGCAGAUCGUCACAGUGCGAGGACGGGACGAUGCGCCUAGCAGCGUGAAUUGCAAUGACAUUGCCCGCGCGGGAGGUCUGAUUAUGGAUCGCUGCACGCGUGGCGAUAACACGGUUUCGGGGCAGGCGUAUAUCCCUCAAGGGGGUGUUGCCGUGCAUAUCCAGAUGCCUCUCAUUUAGAAGGAUUAAGUUUGAGUGAGAAGUUAGUGUUAGCUCGGUUGGAUACAUGCCUUAAGAGCGAGUGACUCCUCGCAGAUAUAACCACAACUCGCAUCAGACUCAUUAGUAGUCAUCAAAAGCAGAAAAUCGAUAUUUAGUACUAUAAAAAAACAAUAAUAAAGUUUGGAACUAUGGUUGGCGACCGUCUUGAAGCCUAUCCUAGAAGAAUUAAUGUAAUUAUAAACAUCUCCGCAC